CAAGUUUCAUUCUUGUCACAUGACCACAAACUCCUAGCCACAUCACAAGGUCUAAAUUCUACUUACUAUCCACUCAGUAUUUCUUUCCAUCUCAAAACUGAAGCUCUAUACCACUCUUCUUCACCACUAUGGUAGUUUCUUCUUGCUCUUUAACCUGGACUUCAUCCUACUUAUCCCAUAAGCUAAACUUGCCACAUUCAAAUCAUUUGCUUCGGAAUACUACAACUUCAUCUUCUAACAAUGUCUCUUGUGCAAUGGAAACAACUUCCAGUACAGAAAGACACUGCCAGAGAAGACCACUUCUGUUGGGUAUAGGAGCAUUAACAGCAAAUUUGCUACCAGCAAAUUCACUCUUAGCUGAAGAAAUACCAGACAGAUACCGAUCUUUUGUCGACUAUGAAGAUGGAUAUUCUUACAUUUAUCCCUCAGAUUGGAAGGAAUUUGACUUCAGGGCACACGAUUCUGCAUUCAAAGACAGAUAUUUACAGUUACAAAAUGUAAGGGUGAGAUUCAUACCAACUGAGAAGAAAGAUAUCAGAGAUUUGGGUCCAAUGGAAGAGGUUAUAACUGAUUUGGUGAAACAUAGAUAUACUGCACCAAACCAAAGACCAACAAUAUAUGACAUGCAAGAGCGGACGAUAGAUGGAAAACAUUAUUAUACAAUGGAAUAUGUACUUACAUCACGAAAUUACGCUAGUGCCUCCUUUACAACACUUGCCAUAGGAAAUGGAAGAUACUACACAUUAAUUGUGGGAGCCAAUGAAAGACGAUGGAAAAAAGUACGAGAUCAGCUUAAAGUGGUAGCAGACUCCUUUAGGCUCCUUGACAUCUGAAAUGUUACAUGACAAUGCAAGACAUGUUCCAAUUUUUCCUUACACGUCAAGAUUGAAAUAUAUGUAAAUUUUUGCAAGUGAAUGAUAUCAUCUUCAUCUAUAUCAUACAAAUACAAAAGCUCAGUUUCUGUAUUGCAUACAGAGGCCAUCCACUUUGACACAUACAUUGCAUGUGAAUAUGAUAAACUUUAUAAA